GUUCCGUAGUCAGUCGGGCAGUAGUCGAUGGUCUUUCGUCGACGCACGACGAAAAGUUCUCUUCUUGACUUGAAAGCACGGGUCGAAACAGUGUGGAUUAUACGGCAACAGCAUACAGUACGAUUUUGUUCAUCCCAAACAUAAGAUUUUGUUUUUCUUUUCUUUUCGGAAUACCAUUCGGUAAAGGGAGGUCCAAUCAUUUUGCUACAAGUUCACAUGGUGAUUUAAACCAAAACAAAAAAAAACGGAUAUUUUAGCUCUUGUGAACGGUUCAAAGUGCAGGGAUCUCAGAGUGACGGAUAUUUUUGCAUUCGGCAAAAAAAAAACGAGGUAGAGAUAAAUCAAAGUACAAAGAGUAACUGUAAUCACUAAGAAGGGUGAAACAUAGCAAAAUUGAGGAUAAUUCCUUGUUGUGCUCCUUGUGUGGUGUUUCAUGUGCAAAACUGUGCGUUUCUUACCAUCCUUGGACGGAACUCAAUAUCAGCCAAAAAGGGAUCCCCCUAAGGAGUACAAAGGUGUCAACAAAAUUGUGCCCAAUAAUUUAGCGGGAUUGAAAAUCUCUUUGGAGUGAUUUAACAGACCACAGAAGACGUGAAAGAAACAUUCUCAAGAAUCCAAAAAAAUAAAUAAAAACUUAGUGCUUCGAUGGUGUAUUUUUCUCGUGAGAUAUGUACAUCGUAAAAAUUAAAUGUUAAUCAAGGGGAGAAAACAAAUGAGAUUUUAUAAAUAGAGAUUUAUCCACCUACACAGUGUAUUUGAGAUUAGCCUUAAGUUUAUGGCUAUUUAAGACAGGAAAAUCUCCACACAAGAUUCAUCAUCCGGAAGUUGAUAUAUUAUUUGCCAACAAUUGAUUGUGAGUGUGUGUUUUCAUAAACGACAAAUGUACUAUUUUAGACACAAAGUGCUCGAGGGAAGUGUUUUAUGGAUUUUCCACUGUAAUAGAGCAAAUACGAAUGCUUAAGAAUAUCAUAUCUUUCAACUAUAUCGCUGCUACAAGUGACUGGAUUACGUAUCUGUUCAACAGACAAAUCAACAAAUAGAUUCAACUAUCAAAUCAGAAGGAAACUCUUUCACACUUGGAUCACACAAUGAAACUACUACCGAUACCACCACUGCCGGCACUUGGAGCUCCGCCACCACUUGGUAUCUGGGGACAGGCUUCCGAGAUGCUCUGGCGAUUUCCACAUGUGCCCAACCCACUCAAUCCGCUCAAUGAGCUCAAGACACAGCUUCCUGCACAGUUGACGACAGAUCCACGAUUGUGGACACGGGAGGAUGUCGGGGUGUUCCUGAGGUGGUGCGAGAGGGAGUUCGAUUUGCCAAAAUUCGAAAUGGAUCUCUUCCAAAUGAACGGCAAAGCACUGUGCCUUCUGACCAAAACAGAUCUCGCGGAACGAAUUCCGGGAGCUGGUGAUAUACUCCACAAUGUCUUGCACAUGCUCGUGCGAGAUUCACAGCUGCUGCAUCGAUAUCUGCCCAAUAGUCCGGUGACACCAACAAGCCGAUAUCCCCUAUCACCGCACAGUCAACCCCCAACGCCAAACUGGACACAACUAGCACCUCCGGACAGUCCGCUGCUCCAUUCUGUGCACCUGCAACACCUGAUGACCUCCAAUUCCGUGACGCUGAGUCCCGCCCCAUCCGUCGACUCUCAGGGAAGUCCGCCACGGCAGCAAGAUGGUGCUCAGGCAGAGUACACAAAUGGGAGCAGUAGUAGCAACAGCAAUGGCGUCGUAACGAAUGGUGCCGGAAGUUCUGGCAGUGCACAGUCCGAGUCUGACGAGGACACCUUCACAUAUGGCGGUGUCAAACGCGAAGCAACCACCAGCAAUGGGAACACAACUAGCCCACCGGUCACACCUCUGCGCAAGGAGCCACCAAAUCUGCCACAACAAAUAAAUGCCGUGAUGAACUCAUGGUCAAAUCAGCUGACGGAGAAAUCGGCGUCAGCGCCAAAUACACCUGGUGCCUUCCUGCCCGUCAAGACCGAAUUCUUCCCCGUGAAGAAUGAGUUCUUCCCAAGUGACUCACCAGAGCCCAACACAAAUGGUCGGCUCCUGUGGGACUUCCUGCAGCAACUUCUCAAUGAUCCCGCCCAAAGGUACAGCAGUUACAUUGCGUGGAAAUGCAGAGAUACGGGUGUCUUCAAGAUCGUCGAUCCGGCUGGCUUGGCCAAACUCUGGGGUAUCCAGAAGAAUCACUUGUCCAUGAACUACGACAAGAUGUCUCGGGCCCUUAGGUACUACUACCGCGUCAACAUUCUGCGGAAGGUCCAAGGCGAGAGGCACUGUUACCAAUUCCUGCGAAAUCCUUCGGAGCUGAAGAACAUCAAGAACAUAUCACUUCUGCGUCAGACACCAACAACAUCAACUGGCACGUCUACAGCCACAACAAAUGGUUCUGCCACAACAAUGGGUGGUACCAGCACCUCAACAUACUCCUCAGCAUCUUUCCCAUCGUCACCCAGCGCCUUCCAGACGAGCUUCCACCACUUGUCCGUGUCCAAUGGCUCAAAUUAUCCGGUCAAGCGGGAAUAUGUGGACGUGAGGAGCUUCCCGCCCGUGUCCACGGUUAAGAGUGAGUCAAUGGAUGUGGGAACAGAAGAUAUGCCCACCGAUCUCAGCAUAGGCGCUGACCGAAAGUACACAAUCUCCAGAGUCGAGCCUGAAUGCUUUCCAGAAUUGUUUUAUUUGCAUUUGCUAGGCUCAUCAAGAAUUCAAAUGGGGUAACGACAAUUCAGCUCGUGCAGCGACAGGAGCACAAUUCCACAUCACCACUGCCAGGAUCCUCAACAUCAGACCGAGGAUCACCCAGUGGAGUGGAAAAUGUGGCCCAGAGCCGCGAGAGUGCAUCACCAACUGAGGAUUCGACGAUGCCCACGGAUCUCAGGAAGACAUCCGAGAGUACUGCCGGCCCCUUUAGUGCUCAGAGCCUCAUGAAGAGUGACAAUAACUAAAAACAAAAAGCGAGAUUUCUUUUAUUAUUAUUUUUUUUUGUUUGAGACAAUCAACGAUAACAAUGAUAAUUAUGCGUGAUCUUAUAUCGCCAUCAAUUGAGCAAGAUAUAAAUAAUCAAUUUAUGGGGUGGAACAUUGUCGAUAAGUUAGUGUUAUGUGGAUCGAUGUGAAAAGAUCAAAUUUCACCGACACUCUUAAAUACAAUAAAUACGUGCCAAUUUCAUUACAAACUCUUUGUUUUUAAGAGAUUUAUCAUUAAAAAAAAAUGCAUCGUGUAGUGUUAUUUGGAGAUGAAAAUGGAGUACAUUUUAGGAAGUAUAACUAAAGAAACAAAGGUUAAUAUUUCAUAUUGAAUUUAUUUACAAAAGAAAAAAAAACAAUGAAAAUAACAAAAUAAAAAGUAUUGGAUAUAAUAAAGAUUAUUAAAAACAAAAACAUGAAAAAUUACUCAAAUUUGUUGAAAAAAGCUUCAGCAAAAGCAUUUUACUGCGAAAUUUUGUUACACUGUUUUCUAUUUGUAGUUUAAAAACAAAAAAAAAAAAAAUAAAAAACAUAAAAAAACAAUAAUCUUAAGACUAAAGAACACAUAGUGAAAAAAUAUAAUUAUAUACAGAGUAAGACUUGAAAAAAAAAUUGUUCAUUGAUGCUCAAUUUGAGCAUCAUUUAUUGUAUAAAGAAAAUCCCUUAUUUAUAAUUUAUCUCUUAUCUAUAGAAAACACAUCUGUCAACGAAAAUAAUUUUGAGUGUUGAUUUUUAAAAGAAAUAGAAGGAAUUAAACAAAAAAUCUGUGCAAUUUUUUUUGUAAAACUCUUAACGACAUAAAUUGAAUCGAACAUAAUCAUUGGGAAAUAGGUUAAAAAUUAAUUUAGACAAAAAAAACAAAUACUUUGAGGUGUAACCAGGAAAAAAUGUGAAAAUAAAAUAUAUUCCAAGAUUGUCAAAUUUCUUUCUACAAAAAAAAAUCACAGCAAAAAGAGAAACAAAUUAGGCUCUAUAUUAAAUUGAUGAAGAAGAAAAAAAAAGAGCACAAGUGAUAUUUUUCAAAAUUCAAAACAAUUUAAAAAAAUAAAGUAAAAUAUUUUGUAGAAAACUUACUGCAACGAAAUUAUCAUUACAAAAAAAUGUUUGAAAAGGUUAGAAAUAUUUUUGUAAAAAAAAAGAAAAAAAAAGUAGCUUUAAGAAUCACUGUCAGAUUUAUGCAAAAAAAGGACUUUUUCUUCAUGGAAAUGUGUAAUACUUUCUGUCUUCUCAAAGUAACAGAGUCUUUAAAGAAGAAGAGAUCGAAUGACGCAGUCAAGGAAAUGGCAAAAAAUUUUAAACAUUUGAACAGAAUUGUAUUAGCUUUUUAUUGUGAAUUUUUUUCUAAAAAAAAAAGAUUUUAUUUACUCCUAAUAUAAGUUUCGUUUUAGUAUAAAUUUUUAUCACUAUAAAUUCUAACUUCUUUGUACAUAUUACAAUAGAAAAUAUAUUUCUACAGCAAGGAAAAUAUAAUUACAAUGAAAAAAAAAUGGAAAUAAAAAUUUAAAACAGAA